GAAGGAAUCGAAAUGAAAAAGAAAAGAAAAGAAUCGAAGUAAGGUUUAUCCAUGCAAAAGGACAACGCGUUUCUUGCCAUUAUUACAGUCAAACUUUGCUCACUUUGAAUCGCAAUUUGAAGCAACAAAACACAACACAGCAUCGUUAUUUGUUAAUUCCAAAGUCCAACCUUUGACUCCACCAACACCGUCACCGCCAUCGCCCUCUUUCUAUCAACAAAAAUCUCCGCCCCUUUUUCUUCUUUUUUCUGCAAAUGAAGAAAUCUUGAAUACUAAUUCCCAUGGCUUCACCUCCGACCAAGAACCUCGGCAGCAACGCCGCUGCCUCGAAUAAUGCGCUAAUCGCCACCCUCGGCAACUCAAUCCAAGCUCUGGGACGCGGCUUUGACGUCACCUCUGACAUCAGGUUGCUCUACUGCAAGGGCGGACCGGCCUCUCGCUUGGUGCAUAUCGACGACGACCACACAAGGAAUCUUCAAAUCUCCCAAUCUUGCGUGAUCCCCGAUGUUUCCGUUGACAUUGAAUGUAGCAGUGGUCGGACUGAUAAUAAGAAGACCCCUGUUUGGAGCUUCCACGAGAUGGCAGGAUUCUUCAAUGAAUGUUCAGGUUUACCUGGUCAGAUACCACUUGGAUGCUUCAAUGCCAUGUUUAAUUUCAGCGGCUCUUGGCAACUUGAUGCAGCAGCUACAAAGUCACUUGCAAUGGUUGGAUGUACCAUCCCGUUAUUUAAUAUCAAACUAGUGAAAGACGAUUUAAGUUUGCGUAAUGAAAUCAAACGUGCAGUUCCAUAUUCUUGGGAUCCUGCAUCCUUGGCAAGCUUUAUAGAGAAUUACGGAACCCACAUUGUUACCUCUGUAACAAUUGGUGGAAGGGAUUUUGUCUAUGUUAGACAGCACCAAUCGUCACCUUUAUCCUUGUCAGAUAUUGAGAACUACGUGAAAGAUAUUGGAGAUCAGAGGUUCUCAGAUUCAAAGGUCAAUACAAAUGCUGGCACUUUAAAAUACAAGGACAAGGAUGUUACGGUUAUUUUCAGAAGGAGAGGGGGAGACGACCUUGAACAGAGCUACUCUAAAUGGGCAAGGACCGUUGAAGGAGCUCCUGAUGUGAUCAAUAUGACAUUUAUGCCCAUCGUUUCUUUGCUUGAAGGAGUGGCUGGGAUAAAACACUUGGCUCGUGCUAUUGAGUUAUACUUGGAGUACAAGCCACCUAUUGAGGAUCUUCAGUAUUUCUUGGAUUUCCAAAUUUCUCGGGUGUGGGCUCCUGAGCAGAACAAUUUGCAAAGAAAAGAGCCUGUUUGUCCUUAUCUUCAAUUCAGUUUAAUGGGUCCUAAGCUUUAUAUAAGCCCAGAUCAGGUCACAGUCGGACGUAAGCCUGUCACGGGGCUCAAACUCAGCCUCGAAGGAGGCAAGCAAAAUCGUCUUGCCAUUAACUUGCAGCAUCUAGUUUCGCUCCCAAAGAUUCUUCAGCCCCACUGGGACACGCACAUCCCAAUAGGUGCACCCAAGUGGCAAGGGCCUGAAGAGCAGGACAGCCGAUGGUUCGAACCUAUCAAGUGGAAAAACUUCUCCCACGUGAGCACUGCACCGAUAGAAUACACAGACACGUGCAUUGGCGAUCUCUCUGGUGUUCACAUCGUGACUGGGGCACAACUUGGCGUGUGGGAUUUUGGUGCCAAAAGCGUCUUGCACCUGAAACUGCUCUUCUCCAAAGUCCCCGGGUGCACAAUAAGGCGAUCAGUCUGGGAUCAUAGCCCCUCAAAUCUGUCAGCUGCACAGAAACCUGAUGGUUCAUCGUCUUCAUUGUCACACGAGAGGGGUGAUGGCUCCGGCCAAGUUGGAAAACUGGCGAAAAUAGUGGACAUGACAGAAAUGUCCAAGGGCCCGCAAGAUAUGCCCGGUCACUGGUUGGUCACAGGAGCCAAGCUCGGAGUCGACAAAGGGAGAAUCGUUUUACGUGUGAAGUACUCCCUUUUGAACUACUGAUAGCUGUUUCUUCCCUUAGGAAUUCAUCUUCACAGUCUAGCAAGAUUUCAGCAUUUUUUGCACAGGCGACCCUAUUUUGCCUAUUCUUCUGUAUAUCUAUUGAUAUAAUUAUUUGUUGUGCUUGAGCAUUUUUGGAUUGACUUGAUGAUUUUGUUACUUAUUGAGUUACUGCACAAUAAAGAAGUUAUUUUUUUGGUUUCUUA